AUGGUUUUACGCACGUACAUCGCUCCAAAGACUAAUGAAGGAAUGGCUUCGGACCAACCUGUAAAGAAAAAGCAAAGAAUAGACGGUCCUGACAAAGAUGAUGGAAGUGAUAAGUCCGGGGAAGAGAUAUUCUCUGACAUAUUUGACUCUGAAGAAACUCCUGUUGAACAUUCAGGAGAUUUUAUAACUAGAAAUGGAGAAUCACCAGAUAGUGGUACUGUAAGUGAAGAUGCAGUUGAUUGUUCAUCAAUUUUAAGGCAUUUGAGUAAUGGUAGUGUUGAUAAUAUCCCCUCAUCAAGCAAUACACCUCACUGGGCAGCUACAGAUGAUAAGCUGCUUACAGAAUUACGAUCACUGCAAAACUCUUUAGUUGGUCAAUGUUUAUGUGGUAUAGACGAAAAUGUGGUGAUCACCCUGUUCGAUAGGAGACUUCAUAUUGCUACUUGGCCAUUAAGAUGUAUCUUGACUUAUCUUUCCACCAUGCAACUUCUAUUUGAUAUAUAUUUGAAACAAAACAAUACUGGUACAAUUUGUUCACAGUUGAUGAAUGCAUGUGAUAUUUUUAUAAGAAAUAGGCAUGAUUGGAUCACAGAAGUUGUUGAACUUUCUGAACAUAAAAGCAAAUUUGUAACAUUUGUUGCAAGUAGAGUUCUUGCCAGCUUUCUUAUAGUAUCUAAAGAUACUGUUGAUGAAAAUUGGUUACAACAAAUAACAGAGAAUAUCUAUUUAUUUGAUAGAAUCAAUAGGAUAACGGUUCAGAAAAUAAAUUUCAGCUUAGAUAUAAUUAAGAGGAUAGUUGAGUGGAAGGAUGUAGAGCAACAUCCUUUAGAAGAUAGUAAUUAUAUAAAUACAGUGCAUGUUCAGGAAGAUAACCCAUUUCGAAGUGGUUCUAGUUAUAACAGUAACAUGCCUUCUGGCUCAAGAAGUGAUUUAGAUAAUGCAUUCUCUAAUUUACAAACACACAGUUCACCUUCCACCUCUAAUGAAAAUGUAACAGAAAUUAAACCUUCAACAUUUAAACUGAACGAGCCAGUGCUUAAAUUACCAUCAGAACAGCCAAAUCAAAGGAUAGAGAGAAGUGAAUCGCCUGAACCACAACUGUCAAGAAUAGAACGAGUAAAUGAACAUGGUUGUGUGACUGUCAUUUUAACUGACUCGGAAUCAUUUGAUACUUCUCAUAUAAAAUGCUUGACAGUUAAAAAUUUAGAACAUCAUUGGCCUGUUUUGGUAAAAAAUAUGAAAUUGCUGCUACUCCGGUACCUGAAUUUGAGCAAUGCAGAAAAUUGUGUUCUUACAUUUUUCUCAUUAUGGGAGAACAUAAUAAGUGUAAAAGCGAAUCUAUCAGUGAUUGAUACAAAGCCGUUUUAUGCUGAUCUACAGAGUUUCAUUGAUUUAUUAAGAAAUACAUUAUUGCCACCUUUAAUUUACAGUCAUCUAUUAAGUUUAUUUAAUGAAGUUUUGUGUUAUGGUUCCACUUUAGCUUUACAAGAUAUCCUGCCAGAAGAAAUUUGCAGUGUGGCCCACUCUAUUGUCAGAUAUGUUAAAGAUUUUCGUUUACUUAGUGAAGUCAGGGUGCACAGUAGUAGGAGUGGGUUUGGAUUUCUUGGCCAUGAUUGUACAGUGUUACGAGAAUACUCAUUAGGUUCAGAGGUAGCCCCACUGUCAACAACAAUACAGUUGGUUGAUCAAAGUUAUGGAGAAGAUGAGCAUGAUAGUAAUCAACGAAAUGAAAUUGACAAAACAAUGCUGCAAAGAAUGUCUCUUCUAGUGCUUAAAUCUGUGGCAGUAACAGUAAAAGAAAUGAGAUGUGAUUCUUCUGAUAGCUCUAUAGAUUCCUCAGAUUACAAUGCAAUUCAAGACAUGCAAAUUGUUGAACGCUCAAUUAGAGAUGUCUUAAAGAAACUUGAUUUGUUUAUUAGAAAUUGUCUUGAAUUUCACCCAGAGACACCAUUUACAAAAAUGUUGAUACAUCUAUUUAGUGAACAAGAUGAUUAUUUGAUAGAAUCUAUGGUAUGUACACUAGAUAUAACUGUAGGAAUUGUUUACCGUAAUUCUAUGUAUCCAGAUUUAAUACCAAUGUUAAAUCCAAUUACCUCUUUCAUAGAAUUUUUGAAAGUUGUUUCACAUGAUAGUGAUGUUCUUUUAGACUAUUUGGUUAGUAAUGAAACAUGUUUUCUUCUGUAUCUAUUACGGUUUUUAAAAUAUGUAAGAAGAAACUGGCCCAAGUUUCUUGAGACAUGUCAGCUAAGCGAUGGUAGUAACCGAGGAUUAGAUGAUACCAUGAGAGUUUUGAUAAGAUUGCGUUUACAAAUUAGUAGGUUGGUGUCGAAAUCCCUGUUCCCAUAUAAUAUCAGUCCAGUUCUUAGGUUGCUUGAAGUAUGCGAGAGUUUAUAUGAAGGAAAUGAAUUCAGUUGA